CUGCGGGUGGAGAGCUUUCUAGAAAGAGUCAAAUGAUCAGCCCCCAGGAUGAGGCCCCUGCUCCUGUUCCCUGCCCUCCUCUGGUUCCAGGGCUUCUUGGCCAAGGGACAGGAUUGCCCUCUACUAGCAGAGAGCCAAGGAGGGGACCAAGGAGGAUACCCUCUGAAAGUGAACGUCAGCAACCAGCGGGACCCCACUAGCCUCCUUCUGAGCUGGGUGCCCCCAGAGCUGGGUAGGGCUGAGUACACCCUCCAGCUCACCAGCCUCAGCUCCCUAGGCUCCCCCGAUGGGCAGCAGCUCUGGGCCCACACCAACACCACCAGCUUCGAGUUCCGGGACCUGAUGCCAGGAAGCCGCUACUGGCUGGAAGUGACUGCCUUGCUGCCGUGUGGACAGAACACCACCGUCAGCCUCACUGCACACACAGCCCCGGCAGCGGUGCGUGGCCUGCAGCUCCGCAGCCCUGAGACCCCAGGCAGUCUGGAGGCUGAGUGGAGCGCUGCCCCUGGGGAACAGGAUGGCUACCAGCUUCUCCUCCACCACCUAGAGUCCCCCACCCACCCUGCACAGAAUAUCUCCGUGGCCCCAGCCACGCUGGCCUACAAUUUCAGCGGCCUGGUGCCAGGCAGCGAGUACGAGCUGGAGGUCUUCACCUGGGCUGGCGGCCUCCGGGCAUGGAGCAGCGUCCGCCAGUGGACAGCUCCCAAGUGCCCUGAUAGGCUCGUGCUCCGCAGCCUGGGCACCAGUUCCCUCCAGGCCUCCUGGAGCAGCUCCAAGGGGGCCGCCUGGCUGCACCUGGCACUCACAGACCUCCUGAAUGGUGCCAACCUAACAGCAGUGGUCAGACGGGGGAUCUCCAACCACACCUUCCACCACCUCUCACCGGGCACCCCUUACCAGCUGGCCCUCAGUGCCGCCGCGGGGCCCCACUGGGCAGCAGGUCCCAACGCCACUGAGUGGACCUACCCGUCUGCCCCCUUGGACCUGGCACUCACCUCCCAGCCCCCAGAGCUGCAGGCCGGCUGGAAGGCAGGGCCUGGUGCCCGGGAUGGCUACCUGCUCAGGCUGUUGGGGCCUGGACAGGUGAAGCAGAACGCCACGCUGGGCCCUGGUGUGCUCAGUGCUGCAUUCCCGGGGCCCCUACCCCCCGGGAACUAUACUCUGAAGUUGGGGGUUCUGGCCGGGCCCCACAAGGCCUGGGCACAGGCCAGCACCCUGCUGCCUGGGCCCCUGCCGCCACAGUUACUGCAGGUCACCAGCAGGGGGAGCCCCUCCGACUUGACUGUUGGCUGGGCCCAACCCCUUGGGGAGCUAGACGGUUACAGGGUCACCUGGCACCAGGAGGGCGUUCCGAGGGCACCGGACAGUCUCAUCGACCUGGGUCCGGGUGACUCCAGCCUGACGCUGAGGGACCUGGAACCCGGUUCCUGCUACACCGUAUCCGUGUGGAGCUGUGUGGGGAAUGUCAGCUCCAGCGCCAGCAGCACCCGCGCUUGCACCCUUCCUGCCCCUCCUGCCAACUUGAGCCUAAGCCUGGCUUCGAGGCCACCUGCCCUGAGGGCUUCCUGGAGCACCCCACCUGGGGGCAGAGACGGUUUCCUCCUGCAGCUGUACCGGCUGAGGCCGCUGGCCUUGGAGAGUGAGCAGCAGCUGUCUCCCGAGGCUCACAGCUUCUCCUGGGCUGUGUCUGCUCCGGGCAUGGAGUUCCUGGCACGGCUGAGCACUCUGCAUGGGCCGGACGAGAGCAGCUGCACCAAUGCCACUGGCUGGACUCCCCCCCUUGCCCCUCCCCUGGUAGCUGUGAGCAGCGAAGGCCCCACCCAGCUCCGGGCUUCCUGGCGCCAUGCUCCCGGGGGCCGUACUGGAUACCAGGUGACACUAAUGCAGGCAGGCACCCUGGAAGCCACCAGCACCCUGGGCCCGGAGGCCGAUGGCUUGAGCUUCCCUGCUCUGACCCCUGGAACUCCGUAUGAUGUGGAGGUGGCCUCUGAGGCUGGACUUCUCCGCAAUGCCACCCGCACCUCGGGCUGGACCGCACCCCUCACACCUAGUGAACUACUGGUGGCCAUGCAGGCUGGCAGCGCCCUCAUCAGCCUGGCCUGGGCCCCUGGGCCUCUGGGUCAGGGGACGUGCCACGCUCAGCUCUUGGGGGCCAGGCCCCCCUCCCCAGCACAGCCCUUAGCACUUGGCCAAGCCCGCCUGGUCCUCGGGGGCCUCACACCUGGCCGAAACCUCUCCCUCUCCGUGCUGUGCCGCGCUGGACCUCUCCAAGCCUCUACUCGGCCAGUGGUGCUGCCUGUCGAGCCCGGCCCUGUGGAGGAUGUGCAGUGCCACCCUGAGGCCACCCGCCUGGUCCUGAACUGGACGGUGCCCGCGGGAGACGUGGCCACCUGCCUGGUGGCGGCGGAGCAGCUGGUGGAGGGCCGGGGUGCGGAGCUGGUCUUCCGGGCCAACACCACCCGGGCGGCGCUGCUGUUGCCGGGCCUGGCGCCCGCCACCUCCUACCGCCUGGGCCUCGCAGUGCUCGGCAGCAAUGGCCUGUGGAGCCGCGUUGUCACGUUGGUGUGCACCACGUCUGCUCUGGCCUGGCGUCCACCAGAGUUAGCUGCGCCGCCCCAGCUGGAGCCCGGGAAUGGCCCAGGUGUCAUGAUCUCCAGGGGCAUGUUUGGCGAAGACAAUGGGCAGGUCCAAUGGUAUGGCGUCAUUGCCACCACCAAUAUGUCCUUGACACGGCCUACCCAGGAAUCCAUCAACCACACGUGGUAUGACCACUACUACAGGGGAUGCGACUCUUACCUGGCCAUCCUGCUUCCCAACCCCUUCUAUCCAGGGCCCUGGGCUGUGCCCAGAUCCUGGAUGGUGCCCCUGGGCAUGGAGGACUGCAGUCAGACCCAGGAGAUAUGUAAUGGGCAACUCAAGCCUGGCAUCCAGUAUCGAUUCAGCAUCGUGGCCUUUGCCAGACCCAGUUCUCACGAGACCAUGGUUUCCUUCUCGGCCUUCUCAGAACCCCGGGUCGGCACCUCCCGGGCAGCCAUGCCCCUCCCAGCAGUGGUAGGCAUCGUGGUGGGCACCUUCCUCACCAUCUGUAUAGUCAUGAGCCUGCUGUGCUGGAGGCGGGUGAAGGGGCAGAGCCUCUUCAUCCUGGGUAGGGCAGAGAAGAACCGGUUCUCCCAGGAGCUGACUGUUUACAACCUGCGGCGCACCUACAGGCCCAUCCCGGCCCAAGGCUUCCGGCAAAGUUACGAGGCCAAGAGUGCGCAUGCUCACCAGGCCUUCUUCCAGGAGUUCGAGGAGCUGAAGGAAGUAGGCAGAGAGCAGCCCAGGCUGGAGGCCGAGCACCCCACCAAUACCUCCAAGAACCGCUACCCGCACGUGCUGCCCUAUGACCACUCCCGAGUGCGGCUGGCGCAGCUGGAGGGAGAACCACACUCUGACUACAUCAACGCCAACUUCAUCCCAGGCUACACCCAUCCUCAGGAAUUCAUUGCCACCCAGGGGCCCCUCAAGAAGACCCUGGAAGACUUCUGGCGGCUAGUGUGGGAGCAGCAGGUGCAGCUUAUUGUCAUGCUGACGGUGGGCAUGGAGAAUGGGCGGGUGCUGUGUGAGCAUUACUGGCCGGCUGACCCCAGCCCUGCGAUCUAUGGUCACAUCACCAUCCAUCUCCUGGCUGAGGAGUCCCAGGACGAGUGGACAAAUCGGGAGUUCCAUCUGCAGCAUGCCGCACAGCAACAGCAGCGGAGGGUGAGGCAGCUGCAGUUUACCACGUGGCCCGACCACAGUGUCCCCGAGACACCCAGCUCCCUGCUGGCCUUCAUGGAGCUGGUACGCCGGCAGGCGCGGGAGGUCCAAGGUGCAGCUCCCAUCCUGGUGCAUUGCAGCGCGGGUGUGGGGCGCACGGGCACGUUCGUGGCACUGUGGCGGCUGCUGCAGCAGCUGGAGGAGGAACAGGCGGUGGACGUGUUCAAUGCGGUCUAUGCUCUACGGCUGCACCGGCCGCUCAUGAUCCAGACUCCGAGCCAGUACAUCUUCCUGCACAGCUGUCUUCUGACGAAGAUUUUAGAAGGACACCCUGGCGCCCCCGAGGCGGAGGAGAAGCUGGGCGGGGAGAGCUGGGCCACCCCCCCUGCCGUCUCCCCGCUGAGCCCCUUGCCCAGGUCCCAGCCCAUCUCCGUGAGCAACUUCGCUCAGGCCUGUGCCCUGCGGGCGGCCGACGCCAACGCGGGCUUCCUGCGGGAGUACGAGCUCCUUCUCCAAGCCAUCAAGGACGAGGCUGGCUCCUCGGCGUCCCCUCCUGGCUGCGAGCAGAACGGCAUGGUCCCCGGUGAGAACCUAUGGACUGGAGCGGGGAGCCAGGGGCAGCGCGCAGGGGGCCGGGUAGCAUCACUCUCCAUGUGCCCCUCAGACGAUGGCUCCCUGGCGCGGUCAUCAGUGGAGGAGGACAGCGCUGACCCGCUGCCAGAAGCCUGGCUCUUUCCGGGCGGCUUUUCUGGCCGGGAUCACGUGGUGCUGACUGGCCCUGCGGGCCCCGAGGAGCUCUGGGAGCUGGUGUGGGAACACGGAGCCCACGUGCUGGUGUCCCUGUGCCCGCCGGACCCCAAGGAGAAGGCCUUCUGGCAGCUGGAGACGCAGCCCUUCGUCACGGACUUGGUGACAGUAAGCUGGGUGGCAGAGAGCAGCGCGGCGGGUUGGCCCUGCACACUCUUCAGGGUUACGCACCGGGAGAGCGGGAAGCAAAGGCAGGUGCAGCAGCUGCAGUUUCCAAGCUGGGAGCCCGGGUGUGAGCUGCCCGCCGCAACCCUGCUGCCCUUCCUGGCCGCCGUGGGCCGCUGCUGCUCCCAGGACAAGAAGAAGCCGGGCACGCUGCUCAGCCACGCCAGCAAGGGCGUGGCCCAGCUGGGCAUCUUCCUGGCUAUGGACCAGCUGCUGCAGCAGGCGGGGGCUGAGUGCGCCGUGGACGUCUUCAACGUGGCCCUGCAGCAGUCACAGGCCUGUCGCCUCAUGACCCCAACGCUGGAGCAGUACAUCUACCUCUACAACUGUCUGAACAGAGCGCUGGGGGACGGGCUACCCUGAGCCUGGGACAGAACUGGCAGCCUCAACAAGCACCCCCCAAGCUGGCUUCCUGGGAGGACAGCCUGCAACCCCAGACAGUAGGAUGGGUGGAGGGAGGGUGGAUCUGAGAAUAAAGAUUGUGGUCAAGCUGAG